CCAGGAAAGCGCAAGAUAAGCGUAAUAUAGACUGUAUAAAACCAUGUAUAAAACAAGCUCAGAUCAAAGAGUUGCGGAAUAAGAUGUCCACGGUGUGCCCUUUACAGUAGUUUCAGACCAUCAUCAUCAUCAUCAUCAUCAUCACGCCUGGUGUUUCCAAACUCUAGCCAGUCCAGCUUAAUGACAUUAAUUUGCUCCUCUUGUCAAUCUUAGCCAAUAGCAAGCACGGACGGGUGAUGUGGAUCUGAAGGACAGAUAAGGCCCCCCCCCCCUCUCUGUGGGAAGGAAGGGGCUCGUGGAGAGGGAAGGUAACGCGCGCGGAUCAAGGGGCAGAGACGCUUCGCUAAGUAUAAAUAGUGUGACUUCAAUAGUGAAUCGGCAGCAAGUCUGUACAGUCCGCAACAAGAGGAAUUGUGAAAGAUCUCCUCGCAUCAUCUCGCAUUCAGGCCGAUAGAGAGAGAGAGAAAGAGAGAGAGCACUGUUGAUGUCUUAUAUGGUAGACUGCUGAGGAUCUAAAGGGAAGAGUGUGUUUUUUCUUCUUCUUCUUCUUGGGUGCAGUGAUGGAAGAACUUACCGCGUUUGUCUCCAAGUCGUUUGAUCAGAAAGUGAAGGAAAAGAAGGAAGUGAUCACGUACCGGGAGGUGCUGGAGACCGGGUCGGGGAGGAACAGGGAGAGCCUGUCGGUGGAGCCGGGGCGCGAGGAGGGGAACAGUAUCACGCGGAGCUCCGUGCGCUCGUCGCCGGCCAGAGACUCGGACAUGCUCGCGUCCGAGAGGAGCAGAGACUCGAGCAGUCCCAAACUUACAGACGGGAACACAGAUAUGAAAGAACGCAAAGAGGAUUGUAAGCCGCUGGAGGAUGAGACACAGACUAAAAUCAAGCAGAGAAGGAGUCGGACUAACUUUACCCUUGAGCAGCUGAAUGAGCUGGAGAGACUGUUCGACGAAACACACUAUCCGGACGCGUUCAUGAGAGAGGAGCUGAGCCAGAGACUCGGGCUGUCGGAGGCCAGGGUGCAGGUUUGGUUUCAGAACCGACGGGCCAAAUGCAGAAAGCAGGAAAACCAGUUACAUAAAGGGGUUCUCAUCGGAGCGGCGAGUCAGUUUGAAGCGUGUCGCGUCGCUCCAUAUGUCAACGUGGGAGCUCUGCGCAUGCCAUUCCAGCAGGAUAGUCAUCUCAACGUGCCGCCCUUCUCCUUUCAGGUGCAGGCUCAGCUGCAGCUGGACAGCGCCGUGGCCCACGCGCACCAUCACCUGCACUCGCACCUGGCGGCGCACGCGCCAUACAUGAUGUUUCCCGCGCCGCCGUUCGGGCUGCCGCUCGCCACGCUCGCGGCGGAAUCCGCGUCAGCAGCUUCAGUGGUCGCGGCGGCAGCGGCCGCGAAAACCACCAACAAAAACUCGAGCAUCGCGGAUCUGAGACUGAAGGCGAAAAAACACGCCGCGGCGCUGGGACUGUGACGUCACAAACAAAGCGUCGCGCGCAACGGUGGCUUGUUGAAGUGAACAACAGAAAAACACUUUAUUUAUGUUUUCUUGUGAAGGAGGACACGCGAGGGGAAAAAAGGAUAGGCUAUUUAUAAGAACACAAACUGUGAAGUGGACAACUUUACGUGGAUCUUUUCACGGAUGGAAGGAUGGAACAACUACAAAAUGUCGAACUUUUACUGAACUUUUGCAGAAGAAGCUGAAUCUGAAUAUAAUGAUAUAAAGCAGCUGGGACGAUUGUUCGGCUGUUUGUGUGACAACGCCAACAUUUCUGCUUUAAUUCUACGUUAUUAGAAAAUAAUGAAAAUAAAGAGGCUGGCCUCGUUUUAUUUGAAACAAAGUUUCUCUGUGGAUAUUUGUGAAAUAUUACAGAAAUCACUUUUGUUGCCAAACAUGAAAACUCCAGUGUGGAACAUGCGUUUCUGUCCUCACGGAUAAUAACACACGAUUUAAGUUCAAGUUUUUGCUCUUUGGUUUCUGAAGCAAAAUAAAUGAACAUUAAAUGAAAUGACGAUCAUUCCUUCACUUAUUAAUAAUUACUGAGUGUAUUGUGAAUAUAAUAAUCAACUAUCAGGUAAUUAUUCAAUGGAGAGUUUCAAUUGCAUUGAUGCCCAAUUCAUAUGAACACACAUCAGGCUUUUAUUCUCGGUGUAUAAAUCAAAUUCAGGUAAUAGACUAAUAUUGAUAUGGUACGGGCACAUGUAAAAUACCUAUGUUAAUACCAACAAAAAUGAUUUUGGUUGUUUUAUGCUUCAUCAAGGCAUUGUGGGAGCACUCUGGAUUUUUCAUUGCUGUUUUUUUCCCUUCAUCUCUUUCUCAGUGUGUAAAACCAUGUGAAUCUAAAUGUAUGUUUUAUAAGGGUUAUAAAAGCAUCGACUGCGGGCACUCAUUUUUAUGAUAUCUCUGAUUUGAUCAUGACUGUGAAACGUGAGCUCACCUAAACACCGUGUUUUCGAUUCAUAAAAUAAAUGUCAAAAACUGUA